AUGUCUACACACGACAGAGACUUGAGGCAUAAGAAGCUUCUUGCUAAGGAAUUCGAUAAAUACAGAGAAGAUUAUAAGGCAAAGUUGAAUCCAGAAGAAUAUCCAGGAAAUAUGUCACUUAUCUUCGAACUUGAUACAAAAGUAUGCGUUAUUACAGCAGAUGAUAUUGAAUACGUCGGUGAACUUUCUAGCUUUGAUCAAUUUGGUAAUAUUAUUCUUGCUAAAGCUGUUUUACGUACCUUUGGACCAAAUGGUUACGAUGAUGAAGAGAAGUUGGGCACUAUUUUCAUCCGCAGUGAUCAAGUUAUUCUCAUUGGCAAAGUUGACAAAGAUAAAGAAAACAAAUUACUCGAAGUUGAAGAAGAAGAUGCCGAUGAGUAA